GCGCGAUACCUUCGACACGAUCCCUCACGAUCCUUACGUCCUUUACGACUCAUGCGCUCUCUAGAUACCAGAGGCAUCAUUGCUGCUGCCCAAUUAGGCGUCUACACUCCGAUUGCCGUGUUCUGCUUCGUUCUUGUCGUUCGAUAUGCUUUCCGUCGUGAUGCUGGAUGGUUGUUCUUGCUCUUUUUUGCUCUUGUGCGAUUGGCGGGUGCAGCUUUGAUUGUAGCGGGUGAACUACUGGACAAUCCGGCCGUCGACUUCUUCAUCGCUGCCUACAUACUUUUCUACGCCGGGCUUGCAUUCUUGAUGCUAUCUUCGAUGGGAUUUCUCGGACUUGCGGGACAGAAUACCUACAGCGAAUACACACACACUACGAUGCACUUUAGGUCUGCCCUUACGUCCUUGUAUUGCAAUCCCCUUGCUCAGAUACUUGCUUUGAAGGAUCGUUGCCGUCGUCAUCGUCAUCGCGAUGGGGCUUUCUGUCGCUGGGGGCUUGUUGGGCACCCAUGUAGCCCCGAACGAAGGGCGCAUCGGUGACAUCCUUCGCAAAACGUCGGCGGGGGUGUAUGGCUUUUCGUAUCUCUUGCUCGUUUUUACCCACUUGCGUUGUUGGAGUGAGCGGUGGGAAUUGAGGCAUCAUCGGAGGAAGCUCCUUAUGGGAGUGUUCGCCAUGCUGCCGUUCCUUGGCGUGCGCAUUGCGUACCAAAUCCUAGCCGCCUUCUCCUCGAGAGACCUCUUCGGUCUUCAAUUGUCGAGCAAUCCAAUCUUGCCCCAGUUCCAACCAGUCACUGGGAAAUGGAUAUACUAUCUUAUUCUUGGAGUGGUGUUCGAGGUCAUCGUGGCAGUGGUAUAUUUGCUGUCGAGCACAGUGCUUUCACGGCGGCACAGACAUUGAAAGUUGAUGCGGGCAAAUAUGUUCACAUUAGUAUGUAGGAGUACCAGUAGGUUAGAUGUUUCCAAUUAUAUGUAUGUUAUUGAACGAACGAGAUAUAUUUGAGCGCCAUAGUCAAGCAUCUCCCCGUCCACGACGUGUCGUGGUUGCGCAAGCUGGGAGACGCUCCGGCUUAAUUGUGCUCUUUUUCUCUGACUGUCACCUCGUUACCCGUUUCCUAUGCAGCGAAAAAGAGUUGACUGGCUUCAAGGCCUAGUCGGGUGAAAGCGAG